GAACAGAUACCUUUGUAUGACCGAUUCUGAUGGAGAUGGCCGUACAAAUGGGGAGGAGCUUGGCGACCCGACCUGUGAAUGGGAGCAAACAAAUCCAACAUCGUUGUCAACUACUGUUUCACAUCCAGGAGUUUGCGAGCCAAUAGAUAGUCCCGUAUGUGCACAGAAAUCUGACAAUCAUAAGUGUCCUAGUCAAAGAAAACUUGAUUGUCCUUCGUUUUCAAGGAAUGAUACAGAACAGUUAAAAAUAAAUAUGACCAAUGCGCAUGUUCCAAUGAAACUAUCAUCAUAUGUAUGUUUGGAAGUAAGAUUGCCAUAUGAUAAGGACUAUCAUCUACUUGCUGCAGAACCAAUCAUAGACCAGACGAAAAUAGUGGACCAAAUACAGAUAUUUGCCUGUGAUUCUGGUCUUCACUCUCGAGUGUAUAACCAUCCAUUUGAAUGUGGAGAGAAACCUCGUGGAGAUUGUCAAAGUCUAAUAGGUGGUUAUUCAAGGCAUGAGAAAGGAAUUUGUUUCCCGCCAAAAUCAGGUUAUAGAAUAGGCAAGACUGGGUGCAGGCAAAUUAUUUUCCAGGUAUUGUAG